AUGACGCUUACACAAUGUGCCUUUCGGAGUCAUAUGGACAGCCAAGAAGCAUUCUCAUACGACUUUAAAACCGGCGAGUGUGAGGUCGUUAUUGAAGACCCUAAAGUGUUGACAAUAUGUCCAUUAGGAAGCAAUAAACAACAUUUCAAAACCAAAGAUAGUUGUUCUGUUCCCGUCCUCCCGGGUUACGCCUUGGAACACCCGUACUAUGACGACAGCGCUCUGGCCAGAUACACGUGCUCGUCCUUUACCGAUACGCCACCAGUUGACAGCUGUCCUGUCGUGAAAUGCGCGGGUCCCCUCCAUUACACGAAUGCACCUGCAUCUUGUUCAGUGAGGGACGUGUUCAACAGCAGUGCCUGGAGUAUUGAUGGCUAUGAGUACGAAGGCGGGGUUACCUGUACUGUGAAGGGUGUUGUUUGUCAGAGAUGGGACACGGAUUUCCCUCACAGAGUGAACUACUACCGUGGCAGGAGUGAUUUAGGAAACAACUGUAAAAUGGCACAAUCGAAUCGUCCCUGGUGUUACACAACUGAUCCCAAAGUCAGAUGGGACUAUUGUCCAGUGGAGGCCCUAGACUGUGGAGCCCCGCCCAUCAUACCGAACCCGCCCUCAAAUGCAGAAAUUAAAAUCAAAUGGCCGUACAAUGGCUCCAAAGGACAGGCGUGGUACCAGUGCGAGUCCUUGGCGGCAACCGAUCCAGUACAACAUUGUCCAGUAGCACGUUGUGAAGGAGACCUGAAAUGGUCGAAAGCAAAUGUGUCCUGUUCAGUGAACGACUGUCAUAUCCAUAACUCGUACACAGGCCGGGUAUCUUGUACAUUGACGGGUCACACCUGUCAGAGAUGGGACAGCGAUGAACCGCAUGCGCACUCGGCAUUCCGUGGACGUAGUGACCUUGAGAACUGGUGUCAAAUCGGUGGAGAGGAUAGGCCUUGGUGUUACACUACCUCCCCUCGUGUAAUAUGGGAUUUUUGCCCAGUGAGAGAAUGUCCUUAAAUAAAGGAUCUCGUUUGAACCUAUACCAGCCGAAGUUACGUAUUUGCUGUUGCUACGCGACAAUGUAACUUGUCUUUUACAUUAUUUUUACCAUGAUUGAAAUCAGCUGUUACAUGGCUACGUUUACUACGUAAUACGCUUGGAAAUCUAAAUGUGCUCACAUCAGGGUCGCGUUCAGGUGACCCCAGUGACAAUGAAUGCUUAUUAUAUAUUAGCUAUUCAGAGACGAGCUUUCCAAGGCUUUGGUUGCAUUUUGGUUAGCAACAAAAGAUGCGACAUAGAUGAUAGACUUAAAUGAAGCGAUAGGCAAGUUUCAGCUUUAUUUCACCAAACGUUUGAACUGACGUCGUUCCAUCUGCGUCAAUGUUUGAACAUAGGCAAAACCGCUAAGUCAACACAAAUUACAAAA